AUGUGGAGCCGCCGUUGCCGCCGCCGCCGCUGCUGCUGCUGGGGCUGCCGCCGAGCCGAGAGACAUGGAGCGCGGCUGCAGAGAGCGGCCGGCGGCAGCCGCAGCAGCAGCAGCAGCGAGCGUCACACUGAGCCCGGGGGCGGGGGAGGGGACACACGCGGCCGGCGCGCGGGAGGGGCGGGGCGAGGCGGCGGGGCCCCUCCCCACCGUGGCCUGGCGCGCGCCGGCCUCGUCCGCCUUCUGCCUGGACCUGGCCGGCCGCGCUUCAGCACCCGCAGAGCCGGACAGCGCCUGCUGCACCUAGCUGCCCGCCGCGGUCGCGGUCGGGAGUCCUGCCGCCGCCGCCCUCAUCUCCUUCCCCGGAGCCCCGGCGAGCUGGAACAGGGGUUAGAGGAGCUGGCGCUGCUGGCGGCCGCGGAACGGCCGUCUGACCCCGGGGAGCAUUCUCAGGACGGGCCCGGGCCUCUAGCCGAGGUGGCCGGACUGCAGCCGCCACCGCCGCCCGCCCAGGAUCCCGAGCAGCUGUCGGUGAUCCGGCAGAAGGAUCUGGUGUCGGCGGCCCUAGCGGGCAAGGCACUGCUCGAGAGGAACCAGGACAUGAGCUGGCAGUACGAGCAGAUGCACAAGGAGCUGACAGAUAAGCUGGAGCAAUUGGAACAAGAGAGACGUGAACUAAGACGAUUUGAGAACCAAGAAGGGGAGUGGGAAGGACGCGAGGCCAAGCUGGAGAAUGAUGUGAAAGAGCUUCAGGAUGAGUUGGAGAGGCAGCAAGUUCAUCUACGGGAAGUAGAUGGAGAAAAAACACAGGCUGUCCAGGAAUUAUCAGAACAGAACCAAAGGUUAUUGGCUCAAUUCAGUAGGGUCCAACUUCCUCUCUUAUUCUCCAUUGCCCCUUGUCUGUGGACUCACUGCCAGGAAUGGAACUGACAAAAGCAAAGUAUCCUUAGAGGGAAGAAGAAUGAAGCAAGGAGAGGAACUAAGCAAGCAAAAUGUAACAUCUUUUCAGGAUGCUGCAGAGGGAAGAGAUGUGAACACUUUGACAUGAAUAAACGUUGUCCUCCCACUGUGCUGAGAUCAUUGGGAGAAGCACCGAAUUGGGUGAUGGUUGCAUCACAGGCAGAAUAUGUGCUCCUGAAGACCUCAAAUAACUGAAGAACUAACACAAGCCAAGACUAAUCCUGAAAAAGAACAGCAGGUAUUUCCGUUAUCAGCUAAAGUGGUGUCACUGUGUGUCAAGAGCAUAAACCCAGUUUAUACUGGCCCUUUAGCUUUGAUGUUAGGGAUUCUUUAAAGAGAGCCUUAUUUAAUUGAUGCAAUUUAUAUCAUUUUGUUUCAAAUUUACGUGAUUCAGAUAUGCAUAAAAUGCACCCACCUGCCUCAGAGUUAUAAACCACAGACACGGCAUUCCUCUGCCUGGCUGAGUAUGAGGCUGAGACACAGUCACAGAGAAAGAGCAAUGAAGUGAAACUGAGUGAUCCAGAGCUGGCUCUUUCUAAUGAUGGUGGAAAGGGGAGAUAAUUCAACUCGGCCCUCCCAUCUCUUCGCUGACUGGGAGGGAACAGAUGUGGCUGGUGUACGAGGUGAGGUUGGGCCUUGCUAACGAGGUCUCCCCACAUCUCGAAA